AUGUUGAUAAUUCCAAAUCGAAUACGGAACGUGUGUGUAUGCUGCCAACUUAAUAAAAUAUUUUUUACAGGUAUACAGGAAGAAUAUGACGUAGAAAGUUCAAGUCAUUGUGAAGAUGGAACUGCCGGAGUACUAAUUGAGGACAACACCACAGAUACUACACAAGAUGGCAAAUCACACGCUUCUGACGUUUGGACUAAAACCUUUUUCGACAGUUCAAACUUAAAACGACACAAAUUAAGUCAUACUGGGGAAAAGCCUAACACUUGUGAUGUCUGCAAUAAAUUAUUUAAUGACAGAUCAAGUUUGAAGCAACACAAACGAACACAUACUGGUGAAAAACCCUACACUUGUGAUGUGUGUAGCAAGAAGUUUUCACUUUCAUAUAGCUUGAAAAGACACAAACUAUUACAUAACGAUGAAAAACCUUACACUUGUGAUGUCUGCAAUAAAUUAUUUAAUGACAGAUCGAGAUUAAAGAAACACAAACUAAUACAUACUGGUGAAAAACCCUACACCUGUGAUGUAUGUAGCAAGAAGUUUUCAAUUGCAUUUAACUUGAAAAGACACAAACUAUUACAUAACGAUCAAAAACCUUACACUUGUGAUGUCUGCAAUAAAUUAUUUCAUGACGGUACGAGUUUGAAGAAACACAAACUAACACAUACUGACGAACCUUACACUUGUGAUGUGUGUAGCAAGAAGUUUUCACUUUUACAGAACUUUAAAAGACACAAACUAUUACAUAACGAUGAAAAAAGUUACACUUGUGAUGUCUGCAAUAAAUUAUUUCAUGACAGUUCGAGUUUCAAGAAACACAAACUAAUACAUACUGGUGAAAAACCUUACACCUGUGAUGUAUGUAGCAAGAAGUUUUCAAUUGCAUUUAACUUGAAAAGACACAAACUUUUACACAACGGUGAAAAACCUUAUGCUUGUGAUGUUUGCAAUAAAUUAUUUAAUGACAGAUCGAAUUUAAAAAAACACAAAUUAUUACAUACUGGUGAAAACCCUUACAUUUGUAAUAUUUGCAGUAAAUUAUUUCAUGACAGUAAGAGUUUGAAGAAACACAAAAUAAUACAUACUGAUGAAGCUUACACUUGUGAUGUAUGUAGCAAGAAAUUUUCACAUCCAUCUAGCUUGAAAAGACACAAACUGUUACAUACCGAAUAAAAACCUUACGCUUGUAUAUCUGGGGGCCUAUUAUGAGCUCUUAAAUCCAUUCACUUUACGUCCUCAAAGUGACUGGCUGUCGUUUUGGUACUAUGAGCUCUAUUUUCCAGUGAUUUUCCAGCCAGCCAGCGAUCAUGUGACACAAAACGAGCACAAAACCAUAGACAAAACACACUGCUCCAUUGUGAACUGACUUGGGUGGUUAUUGCCUGGAACAAUUCAGUUUCCGUGAAUGGUCAUAAUAGACCCCCUGCAAUAAGUUAUUUCAUGACAGUUCGAGUUUGGGGCAUCGAGACCAGGUUUUCCCGAAACCCGGGUUUUUGGGAUCACGAAAAACCCCGGGUUUCAAAAAUGGAACACGGGUUUUUCGAAACCAACAUACAAAUUCUUUAUCUUUACAACUUAAGUAAAUUAAGUAGGUAAGUAUU